AUGUUUGCUCCACCUCCAGCCGACCAGAAGUCUGCCUUGGACGACCCGGCCGGGAGCAAGCCCACCCACAACUUCGUGACCUGCGUCUACACCGUAAAACUCGGGGACGCCUUCUGCAACGUGACGGUAACUUGGGCCAAGACCCUCAUCAGCCACACCCUCUACAUCACGGUCGAGUGCCCUGACGAGGAUACCCACUACACGUGCAAGAUCGACCUCAAGACCUGGCAGUUCUGGGGCAAGAAGGGCCUCAAGACCUUCUCGGUUUCUGACAAGCGAGUCGACGUCUUCUGGGACCUCCGGUGUGCGAAAUUCACGACCAGUCCCCAGCCCAACUCUGACUUCUAUGUGGCGAUGGUCUGCAAGGAAGAAGUGGUUCUGCUGCUCGGGGACCAGAAGAACGAGGCCCUGAGGAGGACAAAGUCGAGGCCGUCCCUGGAGGAUGCCCUUUUAGUGCACAAGAAGGAGCUCGUGUUUGCCAAGAAGUGCUUCUGCACGAAAACGACCCUCGGCCGGGACCGGAAGGAGCACAGCAUCGUGAUCGAGUCGUCCCUGAACGGGCCCUACGACCCGGAGAUGUGGAUCAGUGUGGAUGGGACAAAGUCGAUCCGUAUCCCUAAUUUGCAUUGGAGGUUUAGAGGGAAUGAAGCGAUUGUGGUUGAUAAUAUCCGGGUGCAGAUUCUGUGGGAUGUGCACGACUGGCUUUACAGCGGCAGCCACUCGGGUGUGGGCAUUUUUGUCUUUAGGAGGGAUGGUGGGGGCGAGGACCAUGUGGUGGUUGAGGGAGAGGAUUUGGGGGAUGGUUUUUGGGAUGAGGUGGCGGAGGGGUCUUUCUCUGUCGGGUUUUGUCAUUUUCUGUAUGCGUGGAGGAUUGAGUGA